CCGCGUAGCGUACUCGAACACGACUCGUCAAUCAGAUCGAACAAACAUCGUAACUUUAAAGUCUUCGGUUCGGAAAAUCCGAGAUAUCAUAUCUAAGUCCUCCGCACACAGUUUAAUCUCGUUUAUUAGACCUCCCGGGGCAUAAUAAAACGGGUAUAUAUUAUGUAAAAACGAGUCGUCGGCGUCGUUUUUCGUUCAACAUGAGUGAGCAAGGGAAGAGUGUGGUCAGCUGUGACAGUGACGACAAGAACUAUGAGCUCGUCCCGCCUGAGGGAGGCUGGGGAUACAUCGUGUGCGUCGGGCUCUCCGUUAUAUUCAUCGCUGGGACCGCUCAUCAGCCAGUGUUCGGGUUCAUAUACAAUGACUUUCUGGACGAACUGGGAGUGGGUACGGGGGCGGUAACCGUGGUGUUCGGAGUAUUUCAAGUUACAUUGGCGAUUACAGGUUUUUCCGCAAACAUAGCCUUAAAGAAACUGUCGCUGCGACAGGUGGGACUGAUUGGGGCCUUUAUUUAUACGCUGGCCUCGUUCCUGGCCAUUUUCGUGGUAUCCACGACGCAGCUCAUCAUUACGAACGGAUUCCUCCAAGGGCUAGGAAUGGGCCUCCUAAUUCCGGUUUCUUACACGAGUUUCAACAGCUACUUCACGAGGAAAAAGGUGCUCUAUCUGAGCCUGUGUAAGGCCUCGAUUGGCAUGGUAACCAUGGUGUACCCUUUGUUCAUCAAGUUCACGAUCACGGAGUACGGCUUCCGAGGGACCCUGGCGAUCCUCUGCGCGAUCUCCGCCCACAGCAUCUUCGGCGCCGUAGCAAUGCAGCCGGUGGAGUGGCAUAUGAUUAAACAGUUUAAGUCCUGCGAGAAAAUUGUAUUGAUACCACCGACUCCUUCGGACGUAGAAGACAUAAAUAAAUUCGACCUCGCUCUCCAUAAUAACCACUUGGUACACAAUACGAAGUCGGUAGAGAAUCUGUUCACCAAGAACUGUUUAGAGAACGCGCAUAAGGUUCCUGGUCUUUUGGCGCCAAAAAUGACCUCAUUGAGAAGACUGAGUAUACCUGUUUUAAUGGGCACAGAGAAAUGUGAUAGUAGGUUUAGUUCCAACGAUAAUGUGUACAUGGAGAACCUGUAUAAGGCCGCGUCCGUCAACAGUUUGGGCAACUUCGGCAGUAUAGCGGCAGAGCCGAUGCCGAUUAUAAAAAAUAAGGAGGGAAAAUGGCAAACGGUAGCUGAAUAUCUGGACCUGACCCUACUGAAAGACUUGGUCUAUGUGAACAUCAUCUUUGGGAUAGCCCUCGCAUUUUUCGCCGACCUCACCUUCUUUACCUUAGAACCUUUGUUCCUAGACAAGAACAAUCUUAGUAAGACUGAAAUAGCGAAUAUCAUAGCACUAGGGGGUGCUAUGGACAUGUCGGCACGGCUGAUCCUCGGCGUCUUGGGCCAAUUCUUCCGCAUGAACAGCCGCUACAUGUUCUACACGGGAGCGCUCUUUUCUGCUAUAUUUAGGAUAGUACUAACCCAGUUCACUACAUUCACCCCGCUGCUGAUUGUGACGGGUCUGCUGGGGGCUUUCCGGUCCCUCGUGCACAUCGCCCAGCCCAUCGUGAUCGCGGAGCACGUGCCAAUAGAGCGGUACCCGUCGGCGUACGGCCUCCUCAUGCUGCUUGCCGGUGCUGUCAGCCUCAGCAUCGGACCGAUGAUAGGUUUCAUCCGUGACUACACGAAGAGCUACACUAUAGCGUUUAUAAUGCUGGCGGUCUGCAACUUGCUGUGCGUCAUUCCCUGGACAAUUGAAGCCAUCAUCAUGAGAAGAAGACCACGACAGGAUACUGCACACACCUGAAGCAUUUGACCUCUUUGUGACAGUCUAUGUACAUAUAAUCUGGCGAGGAUCUUGUGGCACCUGGGUGACUUUGCCAUGGGGGCGUGUCUCAAAUUUGUAUGCUACUGUCUAUCGAGUGACGCUUCAAUGGCAGUAUUAGUUCCAAAAGCCAUGUGCCAAAAGACCCUUGUCGGUCUAUAACCCUCUACUGCUUCUGCCCCGCGGACGUAGCGGCGGGCAAAAGCUAGGACUUAUAAAAAUACUCAUUUUAUUAUCUUGCCGUAGAGAUAAUUUUAAUAUAUAGUUCCUGGACAUCUAAGUUGGUAAGAAAACGAUCCUAUAGAUUAAAGUUUAUUUAAAUCUCCUUCUGUGUGGUCUCCUUAGUCCGUUUAGUCGGUUUCUAAUGUUUUGACUUCAGUCCGCGGGGCUAAAAUAGUCACAUUUAGCAAUUCAUCUCAAUUCUCAAUCA